UCAAUUCUGUAUUUUUGUGAUGAUUUUUGCGAAAUUAUUUUUAUUUGGCAUUGCUAAAUCGAUUUUUCAAAUAAAUGCUAAUUGUUAGCAAUAAUUUACAUAACUUUAGAGUCCUUAAAUUAGUUGUGAAACUUUAUAGUUGUAAUAACCACAGUGUUCAAGUGAAAUGCUAGCUGACAAUUUGCUGUAAUAAAUGUGUAUGGAAAUGAAUUUACAGACACUUUUCCAGGAUUUUAAUCCUAGUAAAUUCGUUGUACACACUUGUUUACUGAUCUUCACUGCGCUUCUAGCCUUGAAGCUAGAUAACGCCAUAUCAUGGUCAUACUGGGCAGUGUUCACUCCAAUAUGGGUGUGGAAAUUCUUGGUAGUUCUUGGAGCUACCAUAGGAACUUAUGUGUGGUGGCAGUACCCUCAUUUCAGGCUAGAAGGGGAAGCCUACAUUCACUACAAAGCAAUGUUGAUAAGCCUGGCCAUACACCUGAUAUUGCUCAUGUUUGAGCUCCUCGUAUGUGACCAGUUGACCACGGGCCGCCAUGUGUGGAUUCUUGUCUUCAUUCCACUUAUAUUUAUAAGCAUAAUCUCAAUUGCCAUCUGUAUUUGGUCAGUGAAACAUGACAGGAAUUAUGAGUUGGAGCUGUUCUGCGCAGUGAACAUCCUGCAGUUCAUCUUCCUCGCGCUGAAGCUGGAUGACUUCAUCAACUGGUCGUGGGAGGUGGUGUUCGUGCCGCUCUGGAUACUCAUGUGCCUCAGUUUAGUAGGUGUGUGGGUGCUGUACAGUAUAAUAUUCGCGGGCAUCCUGCUGCGCACGCCGGAGGUGAACCUGCAGCAGCGACGCACCAGCUUCAACUCCGCGCUCGCAUACACCUUCACUGUGGUGCCCAUUCUGGUGUUCCAGGUCCUUUUAACGAAUAAGUUGGACGAUGGCCUGGCGCUGACGUAUACGAUAGUAGUAAGCCCGCUGUUUGUGAGCUACGCGACUCUCAUUCUUAUGUCCUUCAGCUCCAAAGGAGGCAAUAAAUGGUGGUUCGGCAUCAGAAAGGACUUCUGUCAAUUCCUUCUAUCGGUGUUCCCACUUUUGCAAGAAUACGCGAAUAUAGCGUACAACAAUAACGAUGGGAACCGCGCGCCGCCGCCUCGGGUCAAUGACCCCCCGGUCAACCAGGAGCCCUACAGAGAUGACGACACACAGAAAAGAGUGAAAGAAACCAAAAAGUCACUCAAAAACCAGAAGAAAAACGAGCUAUUGAAGCCAGUUGUGCCUAUUGUGAGCAUAGACAUGCCGGAUUGAAGAGCGGAACCAACUAUAAGGUGCUUUCUUGCGGGCCCCCAACCAGACGUAGGAUGUCAGAGUUUUAAAGAUUUUAAACUAUUGAUUGUUGUUGCUGCAUAUAUUGCACUCAUGAAAUUUGAUCUAAAAUUACUGCAAGAUUUUUGGGAAUACACGGUUUGGACUCUGCUUAUCUUGAUAGUGGUCAAAUGGGGCCGCUCUGUGUUCAGUCGUUGUUAGAAAUUCUGUAGUUAUGUAAAUAGUUGGCUUAUAUGAUACUAUGGAGCAAUAUUAUCGUUAAGUUUGAUGUCUUGUAGUUAAGAUGUUUUCAAUGUGUAGCCUAAGUUUAAGUACUUUGAAAAUCAAAGCCGAAUUUACUUUUUUAUUGUUGUCCAUUGUCCAUGUAAUAGUGUAAUUUUUAGCGAAAUUUCGGUGGAUUUUCGGUGUUAGCUGUGGAGACGGUGGACUUCUAUCUUCCGUAAGAAAUAUACUUUAUGUAAUAACGAUUAUUACUAUAUGCAAAUGUAGGUCUGUUAUAUUGCUAUGGUUGUGUUUAUAUUUCAUGAUGUUACAUUGUAUACAAGCUAUUAUUUGACGCUAGUUAUAGUUAGUUUUAUGUUUUAUUUUAAAAUGGCGUGAAGUCUGUUUCGGGGCUUAUUUUAGUUAAAGUUUUAAUUUAAAUAGAGGCGCAACAUCUUGUUGGGAAUAUUAUAACUUUAGGUAUUUAGUCAAAUGUAUGAAGUCAUAUCAAGAGAAGCAAUCACUUACGUAGGUAGAUGGUGGUUUUAAUGUAUGUUAUUCUUAAGUAUUAAAUAUGAUUUGCCUAUAAUCAUAUUAUAUCUGGUGAAGAGAAUCUUAAACUAUUCGACUAAAUGUUAGAUAAAUUUGAACGUUACUGUUUCUACUACACAAAUAAUAAAUUAUACAUUUAAACAUGUAGUAAAUUUAAAAAACUUUCAUCGACUGUGUAGUACCUAUCUAUAUUAUUAAUUCGAGAUUUGUAAACAAGCAAUUUAAGCAAAGUAGGUGUCAUUAAUUUUUUAAUAUUUACUUAAAAUUCGUGAAAAUAAUUUAAUACCGUAUUCAUAAAUGAAUAAUUGCGAAAGGCGACAUUAGGCGUGUCUAUGACAAUAUUAGGAAACAUAAUGCGAAAUAUUGUACCUACGUGGAAAUAAAUACCUUUCGUGACUAAACGGUGCCAUAAAACGUAUGUGCUUAGAAAAGAAAUUCAGGCGUGUGUUGAGGAUAUAAUGAUGCGUGUGAUAUGUGUCGCGGUACACGGCUGAUUUAUUUCCUCAAUUUUAUUUAUUUAUUACUGAAGAACUAUAUUUAUGCUUUUAGUCGAAAAUGGAAAUAUCAUAUUGAACCCUACUUUUGUGUAAGUAUACGUAAUUUUAUGAAAUAAAACUGUGAUAGAGCUUUUCUUGAUAAUGGAUUAGAACUUGAAGAAAAAGUAAAACCUUUUGUUGAAAGAUUCUUCUUUAUUGCAAACUUUAUUAUUUAUUUAAUUUAGGAUUAAUUUCUUCGAAAUAUAGGCUAUUUUACCUUAAAA